AUGAAGACACUCGUGCUCUUAGCCCUGCUGGUGGGCCUGGUGAGUCUGGGGCGACCCGUUCGAGGUGCUCCGUUCAAUAUACGCGACCCAGUGGAGGAAGGCAUCGCGAUACCAGAAUCAAAGAUGAUCGACUUCGAGAACCUGACCGAAAGCGAGCGCGAGCAGUUUCUGCGUGAGAACGUCAACAUCACCGCGCUGAAGAUCACACAGCAGCGGCUGCGAGUGCAGCAGAACAUGAACCGCACCAGCGGCCCGAUGGCCAUCACCCAAAGCACCACCGACCGGAACGUGUCCGAUCGGGUGAAAACUAGAAAGGAAUACGCCGAGCACAUCAUGAGCAACAUUAAGCACAACAUCGAGAGUAACCUGAUGCGCAACGAUAGUUUGGGCCAUCUGCCGGCUACACAUGAGAUGGCAUUUUCGGAAACGUGUGAGGUACCGAAGAACACCAACGCCAGCCAGUGGAAUGAGGGCAACACGUGGGAUUUGUACUUCCGGCUGCAUCACAACAAGCCAUACAGCUCGGUUCACUCGGCCGUCCUCAGACUGUACAUGAACGGCAUGAACGCGACUGGAGGACGCAACCAGGGCGAGUCGGGAAAUUGCAAGAACCCAGCUGAACAGAUGAUCCGCAUCACCGUCUCGGUGUACGUUCGGAAGCACCGCAAAGAUAACGCGGCACCGGAACGCAAGAAGCGCAUCUGCAGCAGCAUCACGAUCACGCAAUCGUACCGGGGCUGGAUCUCGAUGGACACGCUGCUGGCGGUGAAGCUGUGGGAUAAACCGAGCCGCAACAAUGGCAUCGCGAUCGACGUCGAGGAUCAGGAGGACCGACCGCUCAGGGCGGCCGACUACUUUCAGCCGGCCGACUGUUCGGAGGCAAGUAAAACCAAUGCAGCAACCGCACUUCCAUGGAACUUUUUCCGAAAUUCAUUUUCAUGGUCCUCUGAUGAAAUGGACAAUGUGCCACACAACCCGCGAAUAGAUAUCGCCGUGCAGCAACCUUCGCUUAUCAACCAUCGUCUGCUUCGCUACAAGCCACACUACGGGUACAAUCUGCACUACCAGUUGGCCCGCGGUAUCGCCACCAGCAGUUCGGGAAACUCGUACGAGCAUGACGACGUGGACACCAAGGGCCAUCAGCAGCACCACGGCCAUCAACUGCACCAUCUGCAUCAUCUUCACCACAAGCGGCACCAACAACAGCAGCAGCAGCACCAGCAGUACUAUCAACAGCACCCAGUGGCCAUCAACAAGUCGCAGAAGAUGCGUCGCCAUCUGAACCACCGCCACUCGAGUGAUGGUGUUGAGAGUGAGGAAAACCAGUCCGUUUCCUCGUCGGGUGCGCACGAUUCAGCAGCAUCCUUGUCCAGUGAGGACGGUACGCUAUGA